AAUCGAGAGACCAUUCGAGUCAGCAGUCGCUGCCUGUCUGCUGCAGGCACAUGAUUAAUCGUGAACUGAACACCCUCCACCCUUCGAGGGCUCCGUGCUUGUGGUGAAGAAAGUGUAACUUUCUCUAUUUCUACGCCGCAGUGCUCAGUUUACAGUGAUCGAGCUGUGUCGCAUGUACCACAUUAAUGUGAUCAGUGUGUAUGCGUAGCAAUGAAAUGUGGCAGUAGUUCUUCCGACAUGUGGUCGGCAUUGUUAUGGUCCGUGCUGCUGAUGAUGCUACUCCCGACCGUGAUCGAAGUACACUGUCAGCAAUGGAGUGAUCCCAAGUUUGAUACGGGCAAUACGGAAAACAUAUCACUGGCCGCGUUCGACGAUACGCUGCUGCAGCAAGAUGUAUGGAUGGUGGAAGAGAUACAGCCACCGUUCGUUCUGGUUUGCCUCAACUACCAAGGACCUCCCGAACCCACCAUAAGACAGUCUCCGGCCAAUCUCGAGGCGGAGCUGAGGCGGGCGAACGAUGGUCGCUGGUGCAUCUACAUCAAUCGGCGCCAGGACUACGAGGUUGACAAACGUAGCAACAUCAUCCUGCUGGUGGUGGAAAACCCCGCCAUACCGUACACCCUUCUGGUGACGCUGGUAAACGUUCUUGACAAUGCGCCCGUCAUGACGGCGGAAGGAAAUUGUGAAAUUGAGGAGCAGCGCAACGACUUCGUUUCCGACUGUUUGUUCAACGUGUACCACGCGGACGGGUUCGAAGUGAAUGGGAUCGGCAAUUCAAGCACGAACGAGCUGUCGUUCGCGAUCGAAGAUGCGUCCGGUGCUGGUGAACAUUUUGAGUACGUGGUGGCCGCCAAAACGCACCCCCAGCCGAACUAUAACAAGCAGUACAAUUUGAAAGUCAAGAAAGCGUUAGACUACACCGAGAAGGCAAUUUUCAACUUCAUCACCACCGUGUACGAUCUCGAUAGAACGCACUCGUUCAGCAUGAGUACGAUCGUACAGGUGCGCAACGUCGAUAGUCGACCUCCAAUCUUCAGCCGUCCGUUCACCACCGAGCGUAUCUUGGAAAAGGAAAUGUUUCAAACGCUCGUGAUUGCAAUCGACAGAGACACCGGACUAAACAAACCAAUCUGCUACGAGCUAACGACCAACGAACCGAAAUAUCAAAAAUAUUUCGAAAUUGGCCAAAGCGACGGACUGCUAACCGUGCAUCCUAUCGAUCGUGACGCGGAACAGAACGAGCUGUACUCAUUUGCAAUUGUAGCCUACAAAUGUCACAACAAACUGCUAAACACAACCAGUGAAGGAGCCAUCAUUUUGGAGGACAAAAAUGAUAACUUUCCCGAGAUUGCAAUGAGUCCUGUUGAGCUCGAGUUUUGGGAAAACACCAUUAUGGAGCUCGACUUCAAGCAGUUUACCAUAAACGAUCGGGAUUUGGGCGAACAUGCACGGUACGAGGUACGGUUGGCAGAAACGGUAAGCGGCCAGCAGCAACCAACCACCUCCUUCACGAUCAUCCCAGAGAGUGGUUACCAGCUGGUGUCGUUUACGAUCAACAUCAUCAACGCGGCCAAGCUGGAUUACGAGUUGCCCGAGCGACAAACAUUCCUGCUGCACGUCACCGCCCAGGAACCAAUCGAACCGACGCACCAAAACACUCAAACCAUAACGAUUCGGCUUCGUAACUGGAACGACGAGGUGCCAAAGUUUGGCCAGGAAAACUAUCAAACCAGUGUGUUGGAAACGAUCGGUGCUGACGUACUGUUAGCGUCGGUCGCCAUUACCGAUCGUGAUAUAGACGACAGCAUCAAGCUAACCGUUCUGGGCCGUCUGUCGGAAAGUUUGGAAGUGGUGUCGCUACCGGUUGGCACCGAUCCUCUGUCCGGUGAUCCGAUGUAUCAGUUCGAACUUAAGACGAAACGAGCGGACAUUUUCGACUACGAUGUUGCGCAGGAGGUGAUCGUCCAGCUACAGGGCGAAGAUACGCUCAGGACAGAAAGGAAUGAACCCAUUCAUCAGAUCUUUUCACAGCUGACCAUUACCGUGCUUGACGUAAACAACAAACCCCCUCAGAUUACUUUGCCCCGCGGUACGAUGCACAUUUUGGAAAACUCAGUCGCCGAAAGCGAGGUAAUCAUCGGCGAGGAAGAAGUGGCAAAGAUCAUCGGGACCGAUCCAGAUACGGAAGCGGAGCUAGUGUUUAGCAUCGAUUGGAGCAGUAGCUAUGGCACCAAGAGUGGAGUUCGUGCGAAACCGGAAACAUAUGAAAACUGCUUCUAUGUGCACGAGGUGAAGGUUAACAGACAACUUACCGAAGCUACCAUCAGGGUGAAUCCUAACUUCAGCCUGGAGGUAGAUUACGAAAUGUAUGAUACACUCUUCCUGGCGAUUAUUCUGGUCGAUCAAAAUCAAACCCAAAUCAUGCCCAACACGGUAGAAACCGUAGUGGCGAUACAGAUAGACGAUGAGAACGAUAAUAAACCGUUUUUCGACGAGGCCACACUGCAGGUGGUACGAUCGGUGAGGGAACAAUCCGAUUCUGGGGUAACUAUCGGCAACAUCAUAGCGUACGACAUUGACGGACCGGGCAAUAACGAAAUGACCUUCUCAAUGGAACCCCUAGAUCCUGCCCACAAAGAAUGGAUGGAAAUAGAUCAGAACGGUAUCAUAAGAGUGAAGGCGGCACAAUCGAUCGACUGUGACAUACCGCCGAUCGAUUUUGUGUUGCAGAACGUUACCGUGUCGGAUUGGAAGUGGGGCAACUGGCACGUUUUUCAGAUUGACCUCAUGGACACGAACAACAAGCAACCCUAUCACGAACCACUGCCGGACGAUGGGCAGGUGUACAAGUUUGAAAAAAUACCCUCCAACACCGAAAUUGUGCUGGUGGAGGGUAAGGAUCUGGAUCGCGAUGAACCGUACCGUACCGUAUCGUACGAGAUCAACUAUCGUGACUUCCCGCAGCUUCAGCGUUACUUUGAGGUCAACAGUGCCGGGCGGGUGUACGUGAAGGAGAACAACGAUCUGCUCGAUCGGGACGGUGGUCUGGAAAGUAUCACGAUCAACAUCGUGAUGGUGGACAAUGCUGGUGGAUUCGGCAUACAAAAUCGUGUAUCGACAAACAUUCGCUUAACGCUGCUCGAUAUCAACGAUCACUAUCCGGAACUUCCCGAGCUAGCGUCGGAAGAGUUGGAAAUAUCGGAAGACUUCAAACAGGGACAUAUUAUACGGGAGAAAUUUGUUGCAACCGAUCGUGACGACAAGGAAACCCCGAAUGCGAAGGUUAAUUAUUACAUGCGCCAGAUUUUACCUGCACGGGAAACGGAUAUAUUCUUCCUGGAGUAUGUGGACGAAUACAGCACAUCACUAAAAGUGGCACAAGACUUAAAAGGUUACCACGGAACGUGGACGCUGAAAGUUGAGGCAUGUGACAGAGGCAUUGAGUACGAUCCGAUUAUUGAACUCCCCGAACCACCCGAGAGCAAAUGCAGCACGCGGGAUUACGAGUUGGUGGUUACACCAUUUAAUUACAACAGUCCCACCAUCAUAUACCCGACCCGGAAUGCACAGAUCCGGCUGAAAUACGAAUCGUUAAAGAAUGGCAGUCCACUGGUCGAUACGAAUGGGUCUAAUUUGCCGGAUUUUGUCGCCGUCGAUGAUGAUGGUGGCAUAUAUGGUGACGUUACGUUUUCCCUUCAAAGCACCAACGAUAACGACCGAGACCACGAGGUGUUCCGAAUGGACAAGCUUGACGCGAAAACCGGCCGGCUGGUGUUGGAAAAUGAGCAGGCAGUGCAACCGUUUCCGAAAAAUUACAGCAUUACCGUGAUUGCCAGAGAUGGGGGCGACAAGCAGACGGAAACUACGAUCUUCAUCGUCUUUAUCAACAUGACGGGCGAACCGGCCUUCCUGCAGCCAACCUUUGAUACAGACUUUACAGAAAAUGAAGAGGGUCUGGACGAGAGACGCCAACUUCCAUUCGCCGAGGAUCCGAAGAACGCUGGCCUACCACCAGGCGCACAGACAAACGUAUUCUACUUCAUCGACCAGAAGUACGGUAACGCGAGCCACCUGUUCGCACUAGACCCAGAAACAAAUGUGCUACGCUUGGACCAGCUUCUCGACCGGGAAGAGAUACCGUCCCACGAAAUACGAAUCGUAGCCACCAACAACGAAAACGGCCCACCAGCAACACUCGUCGAUUCGUCCCCCUCGCUGCUGGUCGUCCGGAUCAAGGUGAACGAUGUGAACGAUAAUCCGCCAGUAUUUCAGCAGCGGUUUUACGCGGCCGGCAUCACCACGAACGACCGUGUACAGAAGCCACUGUUCCGCGUGUACGCCGAAGAUCCGGACGAGGAUGAAAUUAUCCGGUAUGAGAUAGUGAGCGGAACGGAACAGGCGGUAGGCGAGAACCUGCCAACCGACGCCUUACCGUUCCGAUUGAAUCCAUCCACCGGGGAGCUGACGCUGGUGCAAAAGGUACAACCGAACCAGAAGGGAUACUAUCAGUUCACCAUAAUUGCGUUCGAUAACGACGAUACGCACAACGAUACGGUACAGGCGAAGGUGUACAUCGUAUCCGAAUCGAACCGUGUGUCAUUCGUCUUUCUGAACAGCGUCGAAGAGAUUGAUCAGCCGGACGUGCGAGAGUUUCUUGCCACCCAGUUAACUGCAUCGUACGGUAUGGAGUGCAAUAUUGACGAUAUUGACCAGGCGUUUAGCGAGAGGCAGGAAGGGUCCAGCAGCAGUGCCCUGACUGACGUCCGCACCCACUUCAUCCAGGACAAUCAGGCAGUGGAGGCAAGCCGUAUACAGCAACGAUCCUCCAAUCGUACCUUCGUCACCGAAUUAAAGGCCACACUGCGUAUCCGCAACCUUUCGCUCCAAGAUGUCCCACCGACGCCGGAAUCGCUGACCGAGGCCGACGAAACGUUGCAGAUAAUCCUGAUUGUAGUAUCGGCGGCCCUGGCCGUACUGUGCGUGAUUCUGUUCGUGGCGUUUUUCAUCAAGAUUCGCAGCCUCAACAGGCAGCUGAAAGCACUGUCCGCCACAGACUUUGGUUCGAUUUCGUCCGAGCUGAACGGGAAACCGACGCGAAACGUUCCCACCACGAACAUCUUCUCCAUCGAAGGCUCUAACCCGGUGCUUAACGAUAACGAGUUUGGCCGAAUGGGUGGUGGCGGAGUGUACGACGAUCUUAGCCUACAAUCGGAAGAAUCAGAUUUCAACGAUAUGGACAGGGACAUAUUCUCGCCGAAGCGAAAGGAAAGUCUCAACCCUGCCUUCCUGGAACAUUUGCGCCAGCGCUCGUUAAAUCCAAUGGCCAAUGGAAUGGACAAGAGCAUCGAAGUCGUGGAAGGCCCUACUCAUAAAAAACUGGACGAAACCGACGACGAGCUGUCCCAUCGGUUCUAAUUAUGUCGAUACGGAAUGUUUAAUGGCUCGUUUGCUGUAUUAAUUUUAGCUGUAAAUACGCUUUACUGUUAUUGGACGAAAUGUGUGGCUCGACGUCAGGGGCCUCAACCGGCAUCGAAACUGGUACAGGAGCACGAUAUUUUAGUAACCACUGCAUCGUCCACUACAAAUGAUAUCAGACGUGUAAGGGAUUUUGUUUUUUUUUCCAAUGUACCAGAGCUAUAUACAAGACUCAAAACGACAAUUUGUGUUUUUUGCUGAUUCAACGAAUUUGCACCCCGCAAAGCUAACCAGGCAAGGUCCGGCUGUGACAGUUUUGAUUUUCUUUUCGUUUUGUAAUAAAGGAACGUGAGCGACGUGAAAGAUGUAGAAAAAAAAUCUUAAAUUUGUGGCUCGCUGGGAGGCUGUUUUUUAGGGCCCAAUUCCA